AAGAAAUCACCUGACUGUUCACCCUUUAAGGUUUUAGUUUUAGUCAAUCACAUCAAAGGGUGACCAAUCACAUCAUGAAGUACAACGAGGCAUGCCCCACAUCUCUAUAAAACAUCAGCCGCAUCUCCGCUUGUAGACAGAAGACUCUAGACUCUACUCUCACAACAGGCAGGCAAAGAGACCCUGGUUGCUCUGGUUGGGAACACUAGACCUGAGAAGAGCUUGACAGCAUUCCAAAACCCAAACAUGACUGAACAAAAUGAGGACGUCCGGAUUGUUCUGCUGGGGAAGACGGGAGCUGGGAAGAGUGCAUCAGGAAACACCAUCCUGGGGACAGAACAUUUUGUGUCAAAAAUGUCAUCUAAUUCUGUGACAUCAACAUGUGAAAAGAAAAGAGGAGAGGUGGGUGGGCAAAGUGUAGCUGUUAUCGACACACCUGGCUUGUUUGACACCGAGUUAACACGGGAGGAGGCAUUGAAAAAGAUCUCACAGUGCCUGCUAUUCUCCGCUCCUGGUCCCCAUGUGUUCCUGGUUGUGAUCGCGCUGGGAAGAUUCACUGAAGAGGAGAAGGAAACAGUGGAGAUAAUUCAGGAUUUUUUUGGUGUUGAAGCAUCGAAAUACACCAUGGUUCUCUUCACAAAUGGAGACCUUCUUGAUGAUGAUGAUGAUGAUGAAACAAUUGAAGACUUCCUGAAUGGAAAUACAGAUCUGGAUACUUUAUUUGCCAAAUGUAAUGGUGGAUAUCAUGUUUUCAAAAACUAUGAUCAGAAUCCAUCUCAGGUCACUGAGCUUCUUGACAAGAUAAACAAGAUGGUGAAGUUGAAUGGAGGAAGCCACUACACCACUGAGAUGUACCAACAUGCAGAGAAGUUGAUUGAAGAAGAGAAGAAGAGGCUCCUGAAAGAGAGCGAAGAGCAGAGACUCAGAGAGAUGGAAGAACUUAAGGCAAGGUUUGAAGGAGUGUGUCUAAGGGAAGAAGAAGAGAAGCUGAGGAGAAAACAGGAAAGUGAAGCUAGAGAGAAAGCUGAAAUAUUAAGGAAAGGUGCCAUAAUCGGAUCAGUUGUGGGAAUAGUUGGGGGUCCAGUUGGUAUGGGAGUUGGUGCAGCAGUGGGAGCUGGAGUGGCAGCUAUAGUAAAUAGAUGCACAACACAAUGAGAGUCCAUAGCUAACAGUGCUGUACAUUCUACAAGUUGUUUGACUUCAUUACUUGAUAUUUAAAUCUUCCUCUAUAUACACAGAGUAAACCAAACAUUUGGAACAACUAAUAUUGAGACCUGUUAGAGUAUAAGAGAGAAAGUUUGCAUUGCCUUUCCUAUCAACCUGGAAAAGGGCCUAAAGACAUUAACUGGAACAAUUCAAGGCAGCCACCCUCUUCAGCCAAUCCAGAGAACACUACACAUUAACUCAUAUCUCUUCUCAGAAUCUACAGGAUAAAAUCCUUGGAAAUAUAUUUUAGUCAUCACUACUUACAGAAUGAACAUAAAGAUAGAUCUGGGUAUCGCAUAUUUGAGAGCACAGAAUUGUACAUUUCCCUGAGUAAAGAUGGAAGUUAAAAGUGUAUUUCUGCCUGUCAGGCUAAAAAGCUACUGAAAUAAAUAGUAAUGGUUUGUCAUUACUAUUUAUUUCAUAGUUAUUUCAUGGCACUAUAAAAUAAAGGGCCACUGAAUAUACCUCCCA